AUGACCAAAGAAGGCCUGAGGCGUAGACUCAACGUGUCCGAAUCCCCAACAAUUGGAAACCGUCAAGUCAAAGAUCCAAAACGCAAAAAGCGCUCUCUCCUCCGCCGCUGUAAGCGCUUCGCGGUUAAGCACACGUGGUCACUCCCCUUAGCUCUCGUGCUCGCGAUUCUCUCUCUAUAUGCUCAGAAUCCAUCCGAGUCUAACAUCCUCCAUCAUUUUGUAUUCCUUUCCUAUAAACAGGAAAGCGAUGAUCCCACCCUCCCUACCCAGUAUGGAAAGGGUCUGUGGGAUGUAGCGUUCGUGUCCUUCUAUGUGAUUGUGCUAUCUUUCACACGGGAAUUCAUAAUGCAAGAGAUUCUGCGCCCUUUAGCGAAACUGCGCAUCAAAUCUCGUGGCAAGCAGUCGCGGUUCAUGGAGCAGGCGUACACCGCUAUUUACUUCGGUGUUCUCGGUCCGGCAGGUCUGUAUGUUAUGCGUCAGACGCCGGUUUGGUACUUCAAUACACAUGGCAUGUAUGAAUCAUUCCCGCAUCGAACUCAUGCAGCUGAAUUCAAGUUCUAUUACUUGCUUGAGGCAGCGUACUGGGCUCAGCAAGCGAUUGUUAUGUUGUUGGGAAUGGAGAAGCCGAGGAAGGACUUUAAGGAGCUUGUUACGCAUCACAUUGUGACUUUGGCUCUUAUUGCUCUAAGUUACAGGUUCCAUUUCACAUAUAUGGGCAUUGCUGUUUAUAUCACACAUGAUAUCAGUGAUUUCUUCCUUGCUGUCUCGAAAUCCCUCCACUACUACGCCCCGGAUAUUUUGAUCCCCUUUUACGCAGCCUCGAUCGGCUCCUGGAUCUAUCUCCGUCAUGUACUAAAUCUGCGCAUCCUCUACUCCCUGCUCACUGAGUUCCGCACCGUCGGACCCUACGAACUCAACUGGGAAACGCAGCAGUACAAAUGCUGGAUCUCGAACAUCAUCACCUUCUCCUUGCUGGCUGUUCUUCAAGCUCUGAACUUGUUCUGGCUGUACUGCUUACUGCGCAGUGCUUUCAGGUUCCUAGCUACCGGUGAAAAGAAGGACGAUCGCUCUGAGACAAAUGAGUCUGAGAUCGAGCCUGAAGUUCACGCUCUGAAAGCAAAUGGUCUCAAUGGCCAUGUGAAUGGCUACGUUAACGUCAAUGGGUCACUAAAGGACUCCAACGCAGCAGUUUCUGUGAAAAUUAACGGUGCCCGCUAG